GAUUCGCUUGCUUUCCUUGAACUUCAAUUCAAUUUUUCAUUUGUCUGAGAAUAAAGGAUGAUUUGGGACAUAAUGAUACUUAUUAUCAUAGAUCUUCUGCGUGAAAAAGUGCCAUAUUUGCGCACAGUAUAUGUAUAUUUCACAUUGUUUAAUUUUAUGGUAAGACAAUUCACAUCGUAUGGCGUGGCCAGUUCAAUUCCUGGUCCUCGAAUGUUUCCAAUCAUUGGAUCGAUCAGCCUUCUACUCACUCCACAACGAAAAAUGUUCAAGAAACUGAUGAACUACUGCAAAUUAUACCCGAAUGGUUUUCGAUAUUGGUGCUUCGGAUCUUUCACGUACAACACAUAUUCAGCCGAAUCAAUUGAAAAAAUUCUCACAAAUUCCAAGCAUGGUCAAAGAAAUGCUUCAAGUGGACUUUUGCGGACAUAUUUGAACGGUAGUUCAAUCACGAGCUCUGCCAACAAAUGGGUCAUGCAACAUGAAAAAACUUCUGAUUCCAUCAAAUCAAGUGAUUUCCGGUCAAAGUUCCUUGACCAAACAAAAUGGUUGAAAGAGGAAAUCCAGAGAAAUGAACUGAAGAAACCAGAUGGAUCGAAUUUGCAGAAGCUAAUUUCAAGGUAUUUAUUGGGUGUGGAUGGUAUUCAAGAGAUCGACCAAAUCGGUUACGAUAAAGCUUUGAACGCUAUCAUCUUUACUUUGUCCAUGCUUGCUAAUUACCAUGACGUUCAACAACGACUGUACGAAGAAAUUACAUUGAAGUUAGACGAGGAUAACGAUGAAAAUUAUUUAAAUGCGGUUGUCAAAGAGGUCUUAAGACUAUAUCCACCGGUUACAGUCGUUGAACGCAUUCUUGGCGAAGAGACCAUCAUUGACGGUGAGAAUGCUGUGAAAUUGCCAGCCAAAACAUGUGUUCAAAUUCAAAUUUAUGCGCUGCACCGAGAUGCUAAAUACUUUGAGAAUCCAGAGCAAUUUGAUCCGAAUCGAUUCUUGAAUGAUUCUCUUGCAAAAUAUACGUCUGGUUCCCCAACAUGCGUUUACAAUGGCGAUCAUCAUCCAUUUGCCUACAUUCCGUUUGGUACAAGCGAUCUCAAUUGCAUAGAUCAAAAAUUUGCCGAAAUGGCAAUUGGCGCCGUUGCAACAGAAAUUGUUAAACAUUUUGAACUGAAGCCCAUCACAAAAGUAGAGGAUUUCGAUUUAAUGCACGAUUCGGUUUUAAAGACACAAGAACCGAUUCGAGUUGAGUUUGUGUCACGAGCCGCCUGA